AUGGGCAGGGCGGUCAUCGUUACGGGUGCUUCUGCGGGCAUUGGCCUGGGCAUUGCCCUGAAAUUUCUCAACGAGGGCGACGAUGUUGUGCUUGUUGGAAGAAGCUUGGAUCGUCUCAAGUCUGCCAUCCCCGAGAUCUUUGAGGCAAAGGGCAAGGCCCUGUUUCUAGCGCAGGAUGUCUCAACGCUGGAGGGCUGCAAAGCAAUCAUCGAGGAAGGGGUGAAACUGCUGGGAGGUCGAUUGGACGCUCUUGUGAACAAUGCGGGUGCCUACAGCGUCAGCAAGGCUGCCGUUGACAUGCUGACUAAGGCAUCAGCACUGGAGCUUGCGCCAAAGGGGGUCCGAGUAAACGCCAUCAAUCCAGGGACAGUGCAGACCGGCAUCUUCACAACAGCAGGCUUCACGCAAGAACAGGCUGCUGCUUAUAUGGUCAAAUCUGCAGGGGUCACCCCUCUCGGUCGCGUGGGCACCCCUGAAGACGUGGCAGAGCUGUGCUACUUUCUGACUGACAAGGCCAAGUCUGGCUGGCUCACAGGCCAGUGCAUUGUGCUCGACGGUGGAAAGCUGAUCCCAAUUAUUGGCCCCAAGUGA